AUUUAGCUGCAGCUCAUAAAUACAGUCAAUAAACAGUUUUGAUAGUUUUAAAAAUGCAUGAGUAAUUAAGGUAGUUCUUUCAAUUUGUAUUCACUCAUCGCCUGUUAUAAGACAAACCAAGGGACUUCAAAUAAACCCUGAGGAAUAUGAACAGUACAUUUUAAAAAUAAAUCUGGGAUUUAAUGAGGAAAACAGUGUAUAGAUAUGAAUUUUAAUGAAACUAAAUUUAUUUAUGUUUUCAUUUCUAGCAGUCAUCUUAUCUGUCUCCAAAAACUGUUAAAGAAAAUAAAUUACAGAACACUUUAAAGGAAAAUUCUGAUGGAAGUGAUUAUAAUUAUGAAGAUGAUUUUGAAGAUUAUGAAUCAGAUUUUGAAGAGGAUGACGAUGAUGAUGAUGAUGACAAUGAUGAUAAUGAGAUAGAAAGUGAAAAAAUAAAUUCAGACAUUGAUGAUGAUAAAAUUAAUAAUGAUAAAACUGAAACGGUGAUAGAAGAAAGUGAACAUAAAAAUAAUUUGAAAACUGAAGAAGAUAAUCCAUUUAACUAUUUGAAGAGGAGUAAAAGUAGUAGGUAUUAUGAAGAGCAGCCAUAUGGAAAUGAUUGGGAAGUUCCAAAAAAAGUAAACCAGCUUCAGAAUUAUACACGAACAUUCAUCAAUUUUAAAACUGUUCAAAAACAACAAGAAAGGAAAAAAGCUUCAAAUAAAUUAAGAAAGCGAGGAACUGAACUAUUAGAAAUCAUUACUCUUGAUCAAAUGACAUUCGAUCUCUUUGAAUUACCUCCAGUAAAGUAUGAUGUUUAUAUACGUCGUUUUGGCAGAUCCAAUACAAAACAAGUAUUUGUUCAAACUGAAUAUGGUCAUGAUGAAGAAAUUCAAACUGAUGAGAUAAAUUCAAGAGAAAAAUGGACACAAAUUCCACCUAAUGAUCAACAUGGUUUUGGAGGUGAUUUAGAAGAAGAAAACUCUAAAAAUGUUACUUGGAAUUCCAGGUUGAAAACUGAUGCUAUUUAUUUAAAUAAAUUUGUCCAGAAUGUUGGUCAAAUGAUCUUACAUGUCUUAGAAGAAGAAUUAGCAGAUGUUAAUCUACAAAAACUCUCAGAAAAUUAUACAAAUAUUAAUUUUAGUCAAGGAUUUAUACAGACUGGUUCAUUAUCUCUUUUGGCAGAAAGUCCAAUAACUUAUCUCAGUUUUUCAAAUAUAAAAACCAAUUUUUUACUCUCAGUGCAUUCAACUUCUAUUAAUCAGAUACCAAAUUCUGUCUUAAAUGAAAAAGGUAUUAUAUGUAUUUGGAAUAUUAAUCAGCCAUUAAAACCAGAAAGAAUAUUAACAUCUAAUGGUCAACCAAGCUGUUGUUGUUUUGGUCCAGAAAACAUUGAUAUUGUUAUUGCAGGAAUGAUAGAUGGAUCUAUUGCUCUGUGGGAUUUACAAGAAGAAGCAUCAUCGCAUCCUCAAAUUGUUCUAGAUGAGAAAGAAUGGUCAAUAAGAACACCUACUUAUAACACAGCAACAGUUUUAAGAGAAGAAGGUCAUCACAGCUGUGUUGUUGCAAUUAAAACUUUACCUUACUCAUCAUCUGGGGAUGUUUCAUCACCAUCAAAGAAGAAGUUAAAUUCUAUCAGAAACUUUCACGUCAUCAGUUUGGAAGAUCUUAGUGUAAUUCAUAUAUGGAUAGCAAUGGAAAUUGCCAAACAAGAGGUAUCCAGUUUAGAAGGUGAUCUUGGUUUGGCACCUUGGGGAAAAGUUAAAUUAAUAAAAAGUUCAUCCAUAAAGUUGUAUAAUUUACAUGGCCUAGGUGAUGUAAUGAAGUUUGGUUUUAGAAGUUUUGAUUUUCAAAUUGUACCAUCAAAUUCCAGUCAUAUGCUUAUUACUACAGAUACAGGUGCUGUUAUUCAUUGCACUAGAUUUAACAGUAAAAUAAUUCCAAGGUUAUAUAUAUCAAAUUCAGAAUUGCUUAUAGAAGCCAGAUGUAUUGACAUUUCUCCUCAUGAUUUACCAUUGUUUAUGGUUGGGUGUAAUGAUGGAAGCAUUCGACUACAUGAUAUUAAAUUAGAACGUCCUCUUUUGUCUUGGUCUGAUUCAACUAAUGGAAAACCAGUCAAGCAAAUUAAAUGGUCUCCUAGUCAGCCAUCUGUGUUUUUUGUUAUGGAUGCAGAUUCGCGCAUUUACAUUUGGGAUCUCAGUCAAAAUAUUUCAAGUCCUGUAGAAAUUUGUGAACUAUCACAAAAUGGAAUUAGUUGUCUUUGCUUUAGUUGUGAUGCAGAAGUUAAUAAAAAAGCAUAUUCAGGAUGGCCACCACAUCUGGCAAUGGCAAGAGAAAAUGGAAUUUUAGAAAUACAUCAAUUGGGCAAAAAAUUUUCAACCCUCUCUCCACAGCAGUAUGAAAAACAGAAACAAGUACUUUUAAAUCUAUAAUCUCAAUUGCUGAAAUUGUAAUAUCUUAAAGAAGAUUCCAUCACAAAACACUUUGUUUAGAAAAAGAAUUGUAUUCGAAGAACAUCUUGCACAAUGAAAUGUUUAAUGAAAUUCUAGUCAAAUUUUUAGUAUUUAAUAUUUUCUUUGUAAAAUUUGUAGAUAUAUUUUGUCCAUAAUGUUUUAUUAAGCAUUGACUCCGUCCAUUUUAAUACACUUGAAUAAAUAAAGUUUAGCAUUUUUA